CAAAGCCGCGCCGCUCGAGGUAAAUUUAGAACUGUAUGACACUACUUUCGCGUUCAUUCAGUCUAUGAACAUUUUACGUACGUGAAGUUCAGUGGGAAACUGUGAAAAUGACUUUACAAAGAACUGCUAAUUUUCAAGUGUACAGACAUGUGGAUUCUACCAGUGAUUCGUCAGGAUCUUCUAGUUCUUCAAAUUCGGAUACUCCUUUGCGAAAAUUCAACCGACUGCUCCGCGCGUCGGUGGCACGCCACUGGGCCUACUUCCGAAGGGACAGGCCUGCGCUGCGGACCCGCGGGCGCUCCGUGUCGGACGCCGGCCUCUGCUCCAUUGUGGACGACGACCCCGAACUGGAUUUCCUGACGUUCCCGGCCGUGUCGUCCCGCCGCUCGCUGCAAGCGUUUGGCACCCGACCAAGACCCGCGCUGUUCAUACCGUCGGCGGGCGGGUCGAGCUGCGCGGUCGUCGGUGUCGAGGAGGCGAGCGACAGCGACGAGCAACAUACGCGGCGGCAUCUCCGAGUGCCUACACCGGCGCUACCCGGACAGUCAACCGGCAACUUCGCAUCGGGCGCAGCGGGUGGCGGGUGCGGCGCCCCUCGCUCCGCCCCCGCCACCCCGCUGCAGCUUGAGCCUCACCCCCGCACUAAGCAUGACAAACAUGUAGUGAAGCCACUGUCAGGCUCGGCGCCGUCCGUGCGCGAGCCGGCCGACGCCGUGGAGGCCGAGGGCGGCAGCAAGCAGCCCAGCAAGUCGCGCCAGAAGAAGUUCCAGCGGCACUUCCCGCAGGUCGGGCCCGAGGAGCGAGUGCUCAACUACUACUCAUGCGCUCUGGUGGGGGAUCUCUUGCUGCAGGGGCACCUCUACAUCACCAAGAACUACUUUGCAUUCUACUCCAACGUGUUCGGAUAUGUGACCAAGCUCCUAAUACCAACGACGUCAGUUCUCCGCAUCACGAAAGAGAAGGUGGCGCGCAUCAUCCCGAACGCCGUCGGCGUGUGCACGCGCGACGAGCGGCACGUGUUCGGGUCCCUGCUGUCUAGGGACUCCACCUACAAGCUCAUGACCCACGUGUGGAAGGCGGCGCGAGUGCCCGAGCGAGCGGCGCCCACUCCACAGGAUUUACGCGCGUCAGAAGUUGAGCUGGACGUAACGGACUCCCCCGAAGACGACAGCAGCAGCGCCGGAGGCGACCACACACCCGCCCCUCCCGUCCGGAGAGAGUCGGAAGCGAUCAUCACUUCAGCGGGCGCGGCGGUGAUCCAGCCGGCGCUGCUGACCGGAGCCCCCCUCCCUCGGCGCGCGGCGCGCUGCGGCCGGCUGCUGCUGCUGCUGCUGGCGCUGGCGCUGGCCUGCUCCGCCGCGCUGCUCGCCUACAGGCUGCACCGCGUCACGCAGGACGAACAGGACCCGCUGUCUGGCUCGCAGCUGUACGGCGAGCUGGUGCGGUGGCGCGCGCGCCUGCACGGCCGCGCCGCCUCCGACCUGCACGCCUUCCUCACCACCAACCUGCUGCUGCUCACUAAGGUGCGACAAUCUCUAGAAACGCUAUCUGGCGUGAUAUUAACGGACAUGGCGCACACCAUGAACGACGUCCCCAACGAGACCGCCUUCAGUUAGCCCCCGGAGCCCCGGGUUCCCGCCGGGACGUAGGACAAC